AUGGACGUGCGCAACAAAACAAUCUUCUUUGCGCACGCUUUGAUCGAUGGUCAACUUGUCGAUGACGUGGAGAUCCACGUGGAUUCUGAUGGCCGAAUUCAAAACAUCGCAACGAAUCGAGUGAAACCCGCCACAUUCGCAAUUGAUUUGCGACGCCACGUGGCAUUGCCUGGUUUCGUCAACACACAUUCUCAUGCAUUUCAUCGAUUUUUGCGUGGAAGAAGUGAAAUCGGAAAAAGUGCGGCGGAUACAUUUUGGAAAUGGAGAGAUAAUAUGUAUGGAUUGGUAGCCGAUGUGGAUAAAGAAAAGAUUUAUGAAGUAAUAUAUUGUGAAGAUGAAAGUUAAAAAUAAUUUUGAUGAUUUUUUUCAGUAUUGUCAUACAACUUUUACGGAGAUGCUGAAUUCUGGGAUUACAUCUGUCGGAGAAUUUCACUAUGUUCAUCAUUCCGCCGAACGGUAAUAUAUAACUGUUGAGAGAUAAAGAGAAAGUAUUCAAAAUUACAUUUUUGAUCGAAAUUUGAUUACUUUACUCAUUUCUCGAAGUUCCAAAAAAUCCAAGCUAUUUAGAAAAAUCUCCUUUUAUCAAAAUUCUCACAAUCACUACUGUACCAAAUCGAAAACUUUUCCAAUUUCCAGAUUUGACUUGGAUUCAGCAGUGAUUCAAGCCGCAAUCGAUUCUGGAAUUCGUCUAGUUCUUCUUGAAACUCUCUACGAGCGAGCCGGUUUCGAUUCUCCACCAAUUCAUCCAAUUCAAGAAAGAUUCAUCUCAACCCUCCCUGAAUUCCUAUCAAAUUUCGAAAAACUUCGGAAAUCCACAAAACAUCCACGUGUCACAAUUGGUGUUGCUGCUCAUUCAGCAAGAGCAGUUCCAUUUGAAACUAUUGAAAAACUUUUGGAUUAUGCACAAACUAUUCAAGUACCAUUUCAUAUUCAUUUAGAAGAACAACCAAAAGAAAUCGCAGAUUGUCAAAAAGAAUUUGGUGGAAGUGGACCAAGUGAUAUGAUUUUAUCAAAAAUGCGAGUAGAUCAAACAUUUACAGCGGUUCAUGCCACGUAUACACCAUCUGCUAAUAUGCAAAAAUUCGCGAAAUUAGGUGCAAAUGUUUCAAUUUGUCCAUGUACUGAAGGAUAUCUUGGAGAUGGAAUUCCAAAAAUCAAUGACAAAUUAGAUAUUAGUUUUGGAACUGAUUGUAAUAAUAGAAUCGGAUUUUUAGAAGAAAUGCGAUGGGCAUGUUUCUCACAACAGGUUGGUUUUAAUCAAAAUUUGGAAUUAUUCCAACUCUGAAUAUACUUUAGAUGCUCAACAAUUCUCGAAGUGUUUCUGGUCUUUCACCCAACAAAUUGCUUCGUUUUGCGACUCAAGGUGGAGCUCGAAGUCUUGGACUCACAAAUACAAUCGGAUCUUUGAAAAUUGGCGAAUUUUUCGAUGCGGUUAUUUUCAGCCUAGAUUCUCCUGUUUUGAAAUUUACGAAUUCAUCGGAAGAGAUUAUUGAUUCAAUAGUUCUUUCUUGUGGAAAUCGCGAAAUUUCUCAUGUUUUUGUUAGUGGAAGAGAUAGGAAAACUUGA